UCUUGACAGCUGUGAUGAAAUCGCAUGCUCAAAUGAAGUUUUCUUUCAUGACAAGAAUCGAGGAAUUGAUUUUCGCAAUCGAUCCUAAUGAAGAACUUGCCGAAUGGUGUUCCUCUGACUUUGUCGUCAAUCGCAAAAGAUGUUCCGUUCCAAUAAAUCGUCAGCCCAUCGCAGUACUUAACGAGCUCAUGUUUCUGUACAAGGGUGGAUUAUUGAAAACUCUAAGAUUGUUUUCCAAAAGCAAUCUUGAAAACACUAUAAAUUACGGAACGUCAAAUAAAGGAUUCGAUCCGCCCUGUGCACAGGGUGGAUUAUUGAAAACUCUAAGAUUGUUUUCCAAAAGCAAUUUUGAAAACACUAUAAAUUACGGAACGUCAAAUAAAGGAUUCGAUCCGCCCGACUGUGCAGAGGUUAUAUUCUCGGUGUUCACAGGGCGGAUUUCGUGUUCUGUUGAUUUUUUUGGAAUACCAAAAGACUGUUUGAGUCAAGCCGUUUUCCGCCGGAUGUCCUGA